AUGUUUUCUUCAAGUAGGACUAUAUUGUCGGGAAACCGACCCUUCUGGAUAUCGUUGAGAUGGAGGCAAAAAUUAAACAAACAACAGAAAGAAGAAAAACCUUCAAAAGUUGCACCUGAUGUUAUGAAAUAUCUAGAAAGCCAUGAAGAAUACAAGAAUAUUAUAAAUGUUCUGCCCAAAACUCUGUUGAAAAAAUAUAAAACGCCGGAGACUAUGUAUUUAAUAAAUCGAAAGACUGCAGUUGAUAUGACUCAAACUAUAUUUAAAUAUUUAGAUAAAGAUGCACCCGUCAUAGAAGUGAAUCCUGGCUUGGGUUACAUUACUGAAGAAAUUUUAAAACAUCGCAAAACACCGGUCUAUUUAUAUGAAAAUUCUCACCAUUUUAAAGAGGUUUUUAACGAUAUCAAAAACAAAUAUAAAGAACAAGUGAAAUAUAAAAAUGCAGAUUUCUUUGGUAUGUGGAAACUGGCAUUCCAAGAUAAAAUGGACCAAGGGAAUAGAAUACCAGAAUUACUUGGAGAUCUUGCUACUACAGACAAUGGUAGAUUAAUAAGUAUCAUAGGUGCUAUGCAGAGCCUCUCGUUUGUGAGACAUUUGAUUAAUACAAUAGUUUUCCAUAAUACAACAAGUCAACUCGGCAGGCCAGAUCUCUAUAUAGCUAUGAGUGGGAGCAAUUAUGAAUUUCUUACAGACUCAUCUAUAAUGCUGAGUAAACACAAGUCAUUGCCGGCCUUAUUCCAAUUGCUCUUUGAUUUCAAAGUUCUCAUGAGAGUGCCCAAAAAUCAUUUUCUGCCGUGGACAUACUCUAUGAAUACUGGUAAAGAAUCUGUGAUGGAUGAUUAUUGUCUUAAUGUAGUGAGGAUUACACAAAAAGAGACAUUGCCCUGUCACCCAAACAACUUGCCACUUUUGUGGUAUUUCUUCAAGCGGCACACAUUCUCAAAAUCAACCAGAGUUAUUCCAAUGUUAGAACAAUGGAUUCCUGGUUGCGGAGUAUGGUUGAUAACAGGUCAAGACCCACCGGAUACUGACAUGCAACGAGCUCCAACUAGUGAUGAUGAAGCAUUACCACAUAUGAACAUCUUCACUGAAUUUGGUGAUCUUACUUUAAAACAGAAACUCACAGUUUUUAAGAGGUUCAUAUCUUGGCCGGAGUUUGAGCACUGUCCGUUCAGAACGACCAUGGAGAAUAAUUUGCCAAAGUUUGCAACACACAUUGCUGAUGAAAAAGAUGUGCAGUUAGAUGAAAUAGAAAAUUCAGAUUCUGACAUCGAAACAUAA